AUGGCCUUGGCCAUCGCGCUCCUCCUCGCGGGGGUCCUGCUCCCCUGCUGUGGAGAGUUCGCGCUCUUUAAAAAGGGGUCUACAAAGGCAAACGGGGCGAGGUGCUCCCACCACUCUGAGUGCUUCAGUGACUGCUGUCUCAUCAGCUUGGACUCCGGCGGUGCUUUCUGUGCCCCUCGGGCCAGAAUAACCAUGACGUGCUUGCCCCAGACCAGGAGCGCCAUCAAUAUCGUGUGUCCCUGCCAAGUAGGCCUGCGUUGCAGACACAAGGACCCAAGCUGUAGCCAUCGCUGCCGUUUGAUUUAG